UUCACGUGCAGGCGCUGCGCUCCUAUUGGAGGAUCAGUGGGUGUGGAGGUGACAGGUGUGCAGCGAUGGCGGGCUCUGACAGCCAGGAAGUGGUGUUUGAUUACCUGCGUUACAAGCUGCAGCGGAGGGGCGUGGCCUGGGAGCCCCCCCAGCAGCCAAUAGGAACUCAGCGCAGACGCAGGAGACUUGAUGGCAUGAGGGCGUGGCACCGAGGAGGAGAGGAGGAGGAGUCCCAGCCAGCACCUGCCCCGCCCCCCCGCCUGCAGGCCGUGCUGCGCUCUGCCGGAGACGAGCUGGAGCGCUGUUACCGUGACAACCUGACGGCCCACGUGGCGGCGCUGCUGCGUCAGGACGGCGGCUCAGCGAGGAGACGUCUGACGGCGGUCAGAGACGAGCUGCUCAGAGACGGAGUGAACUGGGGACGCAUCGUAGCGCUGAUGGAGCUCAGCGCCGCUACGAGCGCAGAGGUGGCGAACAGGGAGGGGGGGGCGGGGGCUGCGGGGGGGGCGGGGCAGGUGGAUGACAUCGCCAGGUGGAUGGCAGACAGUCUGGACUCACCUCCUCUUCAGGGAUGGAUAAAAGAGAACGGAGGAUGGGAUGCCUUUGUGGAGUUGUACGGUGAUUCCAGACCGCCGGUCAGUUUCUGGUGUCCGAGGACGGUGUUUGGACUGGCUGUACUGGGAGCAGCUGGGAUCACACUGGGAGCCUUUUUCACCCAGAAAUAAACCGUCCUGGUUCAGACCGAUCCAACCCAAACCGGUCUGAUCAGCUGCAGUUCCUCUCCUGUCCACUGGAUGCUGCUGUGAUCAAACCGACUGUACUGAAGUGAAAAAGAAAACCCGACUUCUGUCUUCAAAGACAAAGUCAGUCUACACACAAGUUCGGCUCCCUACCAGAUCUGGGGACUCUGACCCUCCUCCCGAUCACCAGACCUUUCAGUUUAAAGGUGAACUGUGGAUUAAGAGUCCAGAAGGUUAAAACUUAAAACAUAAUGUGGACAACUGCUUCUUCUUCUUCUUGACACAAACAGACUGAUGGGAGCAACAAGAGAGACGUUAGCCAACUCUAGCGUGUGAUUGGCUCCCGAUGGGACGGAUGUUGCUUCUGAUUCAGAGACAGAUGUUGGGACAUCUGUCCAAUAAAAACAGCUGACGUCCAGAGGCUCAGCUGGUUUUGAGGCUCUGAAAGGAUGAAAAUCUUACAAAGAACAAAGAUCAAGGCUGGAUUAGGACUCCCAGGGGCCCCAAGGCACUGAAACCAUAGUUACUCAUCACUAGCUGAUCAUUUUCUCCACAGUGCUAACUAAUCAUCACUUCCUCAGCUAUCAAAAUGACAAAACAGUCAAUCAUGAAAUGUAUUUUCCUGGAAAUAAACAAAAAAAUUACUUUCCAAUAAAGUUGCUGUUGGGUGGAAACUUUGUAACUCCAUAUAACUAUCGACAUGAAUGAGUCAAGCCUUGUGUUA